UUUAAAAGAGAGACGAAUGGUAGCUCAAAGCCUUCAAAGCAAAAGAAAAAAAAUCUUCUUUAAAAGCAAAAAAUGACGAAGAUGAAGCCGUGCAGCCAGUCAAUAUGUGCCAGUAGUGAAGGCAUUAAAAAUGUUUUGCGGAAACUUGCGUCCCUUUUACCAAAAAUGCACGAAAAGAUUAAACGUAUCAAAGAGAUACACGCUAAAAAUUUUCUACAGUACGAAGAUCUCAACCACUCUAAUGUAACUUACAGUUCAUUAGAUAUCAAAACAGUUUUGACGACCGCAAUAUACUGCGAAGAAUCGCUUAAAAUGAUUGAAUGUACCGAAGCCAUUAGAGACAUCGCUUGCCAUAUCAACCCGUUGUUGAACGAUUAUAAAUACAUUCGAUCUAGAUACUCAAUCGCGCUGGAUUCGGCCUCGAAGGAAAGCAGAAGUGUUACAGAUCUAUCAGCUCAAUUGGCUGAACUGGAUCAAGGCAUUAUUCUAUUGUUUUCGCUGCAGCAAGAAAUGAGCGAGCUAAUGUUAAUAUUUAACGCUUUGUACAUAUAUAAUCGCUAUUCGGAGCAUCAAGCUAAUGCGCAAGAUUUAGGGGAAGAAAUCGCGUACUUCAGUACCACAGUAUCAAUAAAAUACAAUGAAUGACCAUACUGCGGGG